UCCGUUCCUUAUGAUAUGCAAUUUCUUCCUUUCCGCCUAGCAUACCGGCCUAUUUUUGCCUUGCCUCGGGGCUCGAUUCAUCCCACUGAUCUUGUUAUACUGCUUCAUGGCCGCAACCGCGUCCUGAAGCCCCACCAGCAUUGAAUCUGACAAAAUGCCGGGCCGCUCAUCAGCUCUCAAUGACACUACAAUCGGGCUUCUGCGAUCCAAGUCAGGAUGUAAAACCUGCAAAAUCCGAAGAGUGAAAUGCGGUGAGGAAAAGCCCCACUGUGUGCGAUGCACCAGCACAGGUCGUAAAUGCGAGUACGAUGGUAGAAAGCCGAGCAGAUUCUCUAUUGUCUCUACACAGCCCGUUCUGGCCAAUUCACUGUCACUAUCUCCAAACACGAUGUGGCGAGAACGGCGCGCUUUUGCCUACUAUUUCCAGAAUGCCGCCUCGGCUGUUGGCGGUGGGUUAGACGUCGACUUCUGGCGCACUAUUGUUCCACAGGUGUGUCGAAGUGAACCUGCUGUGUGGGAUGCUAUUAUAUCUGUCAGUGCGCUAUUUGAGAGCCCCGAGCCGAUCUCGGAUCCAGAUCUUACUCAAAAUCACCGAGACGCGCUAGGCUGGUACUCGCGCUCGGUUUCGGCCGUUCGCCAGCAGAUUGAGCGUGGUAGUGUUGAUACGUUUGUCGGUCUGAUCAGCUGUGUCCUGUUCAUCUGCAUUGAGGCCCUUCAAGGUGGCGUGGACGAAGCUAUACAACUCUAUUGUCAGGGCGUCCAUUUGAUAAUGGCCUUGCGAACUCAGAUAGCGAGUGGCCUAGUGACAGCGGCUAAGGCUGCCUUGCUAGAGGACACGAUUGUUCCUAUAUUUAUUCGCCUUGGUCUGAUUGGAUUUACUUUUUCUCGGCCACAGAUCGGUCUGCUCUUGCGGGGCGUCAAACGCAAGCCUAGGCAAAUAUUCAGCUUCGUUUCUCUGAGGUCUGCUCGGGAGGAUAUCACCCGCCUAGGCACAGAGAUCCAGUUCUUCCAACACUCCUGUGGAGAAUAUCUCCUCAAUCCCGAUGACUCUCGUAUACCUCAGGAUCUGCUAGAUCUACAGGCAGAUUUAUCAGUCCAGUUGCGAGACUGGCACUCUGCCUUUAUGAAUCUGGUGGACUCAUUAUCAUUACAUGGCACGGUAGCCAUGACAUCGGAGGACACUGGUACUAUCGCACUCUUCUCUGCGAUUUACGAAUCGCUCUUUAUCAUGCUUGAGGUUUCCGCAUCUUCAUCAGAGGUUAUCACUGACGCGUUCCUACCAAAUUUCCAACGGAUUGUGGAACAAUCUCGCAUCGCCCUUGAUGCGUCAAUGCGAUCAGAUGGAACACAGCCACCAUUCACAUUUGACAUCAAUCCCGGUGUCGCAUUAUGGUUUACCUGUCUCAGAUGCCGAGAUCCUACAAUUCGACGCGAGUCAUUAGCCCUCAUGCUCCGGUCUCCACGGGUACAAGGGUUCUAUAGUUGCAUGUCCGCGGUCUACUUUGGAGAAAGGAUUAUGUUACUGGAAGAGAUGAACGGAGAGGUGAUGCGCGCCAACCCAGAAACCGAGCAUUUCUCGACCACCGAGUCGCUUAUCGGGUAUCAAUACAGCCCAAGCCCGAGUCCAAGCCUAUCUCCCAGGUCUGCGGACUAUGUUGACACACCGUCGACAUAUUCGAUCCCAGAGGAGGCACGCAUUGGACAUUUUGAUGUUUUCCAACCAAAGAGAGGGCUACCCCCUGAUAUUACCGAAGAAGUCAUGACGAAAUGGAACCUCCGUCGUGAUCGGACCUUUUUGGGGUUCUGGCGAAAUGAGCGCGAUGAAGGCAGUGACACCUGGCGGAUGGUUCGCGAAUACAUUCCCAUGGAUAUGAAAUAUUGAUCAUGUUGUCUUGCCAUCUGCUGUGGAAAGGCUCCAUCUAUAAUCAGUCAAGAUAUAUAAUGAACAAGAUAUACACAUGC